CCGCCAUCAACUAUACAUACAACGAAACUCAGGAGACCAUGUCUCAUCACUUUCACAAGCUUUACACUUGACCACUUUGUUGCUAACUUGUCACCAUGCCUGCUGGGUCUUGUCAAGUCUAUGGCUCCGUAUCUGGUGAGGACAUCAACAGUUACCCGAAAUAUACUGGUUCGCCCUUGUUGUUGUUCCUCGCUGAUCUGUGGCUCUUCCUCUGUAAUAUUUUCUACCUACCAUGCAUUUUCUUGCCUCUCACGCCAUGGCCAUGUGGGAGUCUGGAUGAGCUGUACCCUUCUCCAGCCAAUAUCUUCGACAUCUGUCUUCAUUGUGUUUUGUUUGUCCUCCAGCUCGUCUUUCUUGUCUCACUCCCAUUGUUUAUCUGGCUACCAUUCGGCAUCUACGUUCUGUAUAUUGUGACCGCUCUCGCCUUGAAUACGCUCAUCUGCUACGCUUUGAACCGGGGUAUCCCAUCAGACGGUCUCAGGUCGACAGAGGAUGAUUUCUCAAGACGGUGGAAUCGCCAUGAGGACGAGUAUUGGAUCUUCCUCAAUGGGAUUUGCGUCGGGAGGAACUGGCUACAGAAUAACGUCGACCGCAUAUCGCGGACAUUCCACCGUCCAGUAGUCGGCGUCCACAAUAAAACAACGGGUGUCAUAUUUGACAUUAUCCAAUGCCUCAUUCAACGUUGUCUGUUGUACGCGACAAAUGAUGUCCGAGACUGCUACGUGUUGGUUGUUUUAAUCCUGCACUCGCAAGGGGGUAUUGAGGGCGGAAUGAUCCUGGAUUGGCUCCUUGAUGAAGUACCACAGGAUCUCAUCAGACAACUGGAAAUCUACACCUUUGGCUGUCUUGCAAAUCACUUCAACAACCCGUAUCGCGACACGGCAUCGUGUAACGCAGCGAUGCGCUAUGUGCGCACGGGAGACAUCAUUGGCAAUAUCCACAACCGCAGCAUCUUACACAUUGAGCACUACGCCAACAAACGUGAUUUUGCAUGUCGAUUUGGGGUGCUGAAUUUCGACCACAGUAAGCCCCAGGAUCGCCGCGAAAAUCGAUUCAUGGGUAAAGUGCUCGUUAGUCCCGCUUCAGGCCACCAGUUCAAUCAGCAUUAUCUUGAUACGAUGUUCCCACUUGACCCAACUAACCGGUUUACGCGGGAGCCACGGGAGGGCGACUUCAUGGACACAGAUGUCGUAGUAAGUCGGCAUGAUAGGCGUGAAGAAGAUAGGCCUGUCACGAUCCUAGAUGCAGCGGGGCUGUUGGACGCAGGCACUGGGGAAGUAGAUGGCACUAGUUUGAACUCGGUACUCUCCGGUAGUGCGCAGAACAUGAAAGUUGGGCUCAAUAUGAAGUUGAAGAUGCACCAAAUGAGCAGAUUGUGGCUCUAUCGAAAUGGUGGCCGUCCAGUCUCGUGA